AUGGAUACAUUUAAACCUGCAUUCAUAGUCACACUUAUUUAUGGUUUAUUCAGUGUUGUUUUAUACACUCUUAUUGUUUUUAUCAUCAUAAGAAAUAAAAACAAGAAUCUGAACAGCUCAUUUUUCACAAUUUUUGUGAUUGGAUAUUUUAUAGUAAGUUCUAAGUUUGAAAAUUUUUUAGAUAUAAUAAUAAAAAAUAAAUAUUUUCAGAAUCUGACAUGUUUUUUCAAUUCUUAUGUAACUCUUCGUCUUCCACAAAACACUUGCAAAGACUGUAAAUUAUCAUUUCUUUUCUCAACUGGAAAAGAAUCUACAUUUCCAUUAGGCAUUUUUUAUGCAAUUUCGAUAAAUAUGGCAUUUAUCCAAUCUUCAAUGACAUUAUUGAUAUCAAUCAAUCGAUAUACAACUUUCUUAAUGGUUUUAGAUAAAGACAAGGUAGGUUUUAAUAUAGUAUUGAAACCAUUUGAUAUUUAAUUUUAAUUAGAUAUGGAAUCACAAAAUUAUUCCAUGUGUUACAUUAAUUAUUAUUUUAUGGCCACUUUAUGUUACUUAUCCAGUUAUUUUCAAUCCAACUUAUUACAUGUAUUAUGAAUCGAUUACAGGCUAUCGCACUAAAACAGAAGCUGAAUUAACGAAAAUGUUAGAAAUUUUGAAUAUAUUUAUGAUUACAGUAGCAGUUCUCUCAGCCAUUUUCAAUACUUUAUCGUGGAGAGGUUUGAGACAAAUGCAAAAUGUGAUCAAGAAAAGUGAAAAAGCUUUGAUUUACACAACAUUUAUUGCAUUUGCUAUUCAAGUUAUUGCAAUUGUUGAUACGGUAUUCAUCAUUUCUUAGUAGAAAUUUUUGGAAUAAAUCUAAUUUCUUUCAGCUUAUUAUUCAAAAAGUUUCUUCAACUGGUCCAAAUGCAAAUAUUUUAAGUAUUGCCCAAUUCUUUCAAACAUAUGUUAGUGAUUUAUUGACUUUCAAUCAGCCAUACGUUAUUAUAUUUUGUAGCUCUGUUGUAAGUUGAGAUGAACUUUGACCAAACUAAUAGAUAUUUCAGGUUCGAAAAGAACUACGAGAGCUUUUCCUAAAUCGAAUUGAUCCAAUUUUGGUGGUGAAUACGUUGAAAAGUCAAGGAAAUACAGCAACUUUGGCAUGA